AUGAAGAUCAAAGCCCUUAUAGAUCAGGGAUCGGAGAUCAACAUCAUUUCGGAAAAAAUUGUCCAAGCUCUCAAGCUUCCUCGCUCCAAAUCAAGUAUUUCCCUGAUAGGUGUCGGGGAACAUUCUACUAACAAGACUCGUGGCAUCACUUUUUUCAAGAUUAUUUCUCUCCAUGAUUCAUCAGAAGAAUUCCACAUAUCAGCGCAUAUUCUCCCUAGCUUAACGAGUUCGAUCCCGUCAAGUAAAGUCUCCGGAGAAUCCUGGUCACAUCUGGAUGGAUUGCCUUUAGCCGAUUUUCAAUAUGGAAUUCCCAGUUCGAUUGAUCUAAUCAUCGGUUCCAAUUGUUACCCUCAGAUCAUUAAGGACGGUUUAAUCAAAGGUCCGCCGAAUACGCCUAUUGCACAAUUAACCUCGUUUGGUUGGAUCCUCUCCGGCCCCGCUUCAUCGGAAUCGACGAAUCGUUCUAUGCGAAGUUACCAUAUUUCAAUGGAUUCCCGCUUAUAUGACCUUCUCCAUCGUUUUUGGCAACUUGAAGAAAUUGGUGCACGCCAAGAAUCCUUCAUCUCCCCGGAAGAUCAACAAUGUGAGCAACACUUUAAAGAUACCCACUCUCGGAACGAUCAAGGACGGUAUGUGGUGCGUCUGCCCUUCAAGAAGCCUCCUCAACGUUUAGGAAACUCUUAUAAUCGAGCUUCAAGAAUGAUGGAUUCUCUGCGAAAUCGGUUUCAAGUGAACGCAAAAUAUGCGGAAGCCUAUUUCAAAUUUAUGAGGGAAUAUGAAGACCUCCAGCAUAUGAAAUUAAUAACCGAUGUAAAUGAAGAACUUUUACCUCCCAAUUUUUAUCUUCCUCAUCAUGGAGUGUGGAGGGAGAGUAGUACAACUACGAAACUACGAGUCGUGUUCAAUGGAUCAAGUCGUACAACAUCCGGAAUUUCUCUAAAUGAGAUAUUGCAUACAGGCCCAAAGCUUCAAGUGGAUUUAUUCAACGUUCUUAUUUGGUUUCGGCAAUUCCAAUACGUCUUUUCUGCUGAUAUAGAAAAGAUGUAUAGGCAAAUCCAAGUACACCCCGACGAUUGGAGAUUUCAACGCAUCCGAUGGUCGAAUUCAGACAAGGAUGUCAACUCUUUUGAGCUCACCACUGUUACUUAUGGAUUGGCUUGCGCGCCUUAUUUAGCGCUUCGUACCAUCACUCAGCUUAUUGAAGAUGAGGGAACCAAUUUUCCAUCAGCAGUACCUUGCCUAAAACACGGACGAUAUAUCGACGACAUUUUCGGAGGAGCAGAAUCAAUUGGUGAGGUCCAUGAAAUCAUCAAUCAACUUAACCAGUUGUGCAAGGCGGGCGGCUUCCCGCUACAAAAGUGGUCUAGUAAUCACGCUCAUGUACUCCAUCAUCUACCACCAGAACGGUUGAGAAAUCCGGAUCCAAUACCUUUUGAUUUGGACUCCUGUGUAGCAGUACUUGGUCUACAGUGGAAGCCUACUGCCGACUACUUUCAAUUUAGUCUAGAUCGACCUUCUACGGCCACUAUCACCAAACGAACGAUAUUAUCCACGAUUGCUAAGCUCUUCGAUCCGCUUGGACUACUCUCACCUGUAAUCAUCAAAGCCAAAAUACUUAUUCAAGAAUUGUGGAUCAACAAACUCGAUUGGGAUGCGUUGUUACCAAGCACUUUGGCAAAUCAGUGGAUAACUUUCGUUGAGGAAUUAGAAGACCUCAAAUUCAUCAAUAUUCCUCGUUGGCUUGGCAUCAAAUCGGAUAAUCAAGUUCAAUUACACGGAUUUUGCGAUGCAUCUAAUCAAGCUUUCGCAGCAGUAAUCUACCUCCGAACCGUGAACCUUGAAGACCAGAUUAACGUUUGCCUAAUUGCCACUAAAACGAAGGUAGCGCCUUUGAAGCGUCUUACCAUUCCCAGAUUAGAACUAUCAGGAGCAGUACUUCUCACCAAACUAACCACGCACGUCCGUGAUGUUCUCAACUUGAAGGACGUUCCUAUUUACUUGUGGACGGACUCAUCCAUCACUCUAACCUGGAUUCAGAACCAUCCAUCCCGAUGGAAAGAUUUUAUUCAAAAUCGUGUAGUUCAAAUACAAGAAACACUACCUCAAGCUAAGUGGAAAUUCGUUCCCGGCAAGGAGAACCCAGCUGAUUUCGCCACCAGAGGUUUGUCGCCAUCAAAACUCGCGUCCCAAACCAUCUGGUGGAAAGGACCAUGUUGGCUUUCACAAUCGAUUGAUUGUUGGCCAGAUUGCUUCCCUUCAACUGCUACCUCGGAUAAUCUUGAAGAAAGACCCACCAAAGUUUAUUCACUCAUAACCAUUGAACCGCAACCCCCAUGGGAUUUGUUAACAAGAUAUUCCAAUCUCAAUAAGCUCUUACGCAUUACGGCUGUGUGUCAGAGAGCAGUUGAACGAUUUAAACGGAUCAAAAUUAGUCCAAGAGAACUCCUCAGCACGACUGAAUUAGAGUCCGCUAAACUCUAUUGGAUCAACAGCAUUCAACGGCAACACUUCGCUCAUGAAAUCAAGCUUUUAUCACGAGGAGAGUUCCUUCCUAAGUCGAACCCACUCACCAAAUUGACUUCAUACAUUGACGCAUCCGGGCUCUUAAGAACGGGUGGUCGGCUUCAGAAUUCAACGUUACCUCCAGAAAGGAAACAUCUUCUAAUCCUCCCAAAGCAAUCGCCAUUAACGGAGCUCAUUAUCCAAGAUGCUCAUCUGAGAACUUGCCACGGAGGUACACAAGUAACGUUAACCCUCCUGCGAGAUUCUUACUGGAUCAUUGGAGGUCGGUUGCCGAUAAAAAAUUUUAUCCUGCGUUGCGUCAUUUGCACAAGAUACAGACAAAAGAGAGCGCAACAGCUCAUGGGACAGCUUCCGCCUGAACGAGUAACACCGACUUCACGCCCAUUCAUCAACACCGGAAUUGACUACGCUGGCCCCCUUCUCAUCAAGACCUGGAGAGGAAAAAAUGCGCGGCAGUACAAAGCUUACAUUGCCGUAUUCGUUUGUUUGCCACAUCAGCAACACACCUCGAACUUGUUUCAGAUUAUUCCGCUGACGCCUUUAUAG